UGACUCCGCCGAUUGACAUCUGUGCUGUGGUGGUCGGCUGGGGGGGGGGAAGGGCCUGCGCUAGCUACAUCUGAGAGCAGACAAACUUGCGAAGUCGUACCACGGUUCUCGCUGUCUGCAUGCCUCUCUCUAUGGACGGCGGGAGGGUAGAAGAGGAAACGGGGAUUGUUGUCGUCGGGACCGCAGCGCUUUUUCAGGGCCUAGCGAUGAUUUAAUCACGGCAAACCGGUGUGUGGGGGGCAAAGGAGAAGGAGAAAACGACGGGAGCGCGAGAGGAGCAGCCGUUGGAGAUGUGCGGUCGGGCCGAGAUUGCAGCGGUAUCCCUGUCUAGGCCUGGACUGAGCAGAUUGUUCUGAGAGGAAACGGACAACAAACAGGGGAAGUGAACAUGGCUGGGACUUCAGGGUUCUUUUCCAACGGACCUGUUCCUUGGAUGGACAACGACACAGAGAUGAACAACCUGUACAGAGACUUGGAGCUGGGCACAGUACUGACACUGUUUUAUUCUAAGAAGUCCCAGCGGCCAGAGAGACGGACAUUUCAAGUCAAACUGGAGACCAGGACUAUUAUCUGGACUCGGGGCACGGAUAAAAUAGAGGGAGAGAUUGACAUUCGAGAGAUCAAGGAGAUCCGUACUGGACAGAAGUCACGGGACUUUGAGCGAUAUGUGGAGGACUCAGCAACGAGGCUGGAGCAGGCUCACUGCUUUGUCAUCCUGUAUGGCACAGAGUUUCGCCUUAAAUCCCUCAGCCUGGCAGCAACGUCGGAUGAGGAGAUGACAAUGUGGGUGAAGGGGUUAAACUGGCUUGUGGCCGACACACUGAAGGCUCCGACACCGCUUCAGAUAGAGAGAUGGUUACGUAAGCAGUUCUACGCCGUUGAUCGCAACAGAGAAGACCGGAUAUCCUGUAAGGAUCUGAAGAGCAUGCUGAGCCAGGUCAACUACAGGGUGCCCAACAUGAGGUUCCUCCGAGAGAAACUUCCGGACUCAGAGUUGAGGAAUGGAGACGUGUCCUUCAGCCAGUUUGCCCAGCUCUAUCGCAGCCUCAUGUUUGAUGCUCAGAGAAGCAUGGAAAUCCCAGUAAUACAAAGGUUCAUUGACAGACCAGAACAGAGGAUCUCCCUUGACGACUUCAAGGGCUUCCUCCUGGAGUCUCAAAGGGAAAUGUGGGCCACAGACGACAACAAAGUUCAGGAGUUUAUGUUCAACUACCUGAAAGACCCCCUGAGAGAAGUGGAGCAGCCUUAUUUCCACCAAGACGAGUACCUGACAUACCUGUUCUCCAAAGAGAACAGCAUCUGGGAUUCCUCCCUGGACCAGGUGUGUCCUGACAAUAUGAGCAACCCCCUGUCCCACUACUGGAUCUCCUCUUCGCACAACACCUACCUGACGGGAGACCAGUUUUCCAGUGAGUCGUCCCUGGAGGCAUACGCUCGCUGUCUGAGGAUGGGCUGCCGCUGUAUUGAAUUGGACUGCUGGGAUGGGCCAGAUGGAAUGCCAGUCAUCUACCACGGACACACACUUACAACAAAAAUCAAGUUUUGCGAUGUUUUGACCACCAUCAAAGAGCAUGCCUUCGUCACAUCCGACUAUCCCAUCAUCUUGUCCAUCGAGGACCACUGUAGUAUUGUGCAGCAGAGGAAUAUGGCUACUUACUUUAAGAAGGUGUUUGGAGACAUGCUGCUGACCAAGGCAGUGGAUAUCGUGGCAGAUGGCCUGCCCUCACCCAACCAGCUCAAGAGGAAGAUCCUCAUCAAGCAUAAGAAGCUUGCAGAAGGCAGUGCUUAUGAGGAGGUGUCCACCUCCACUCCCUACUCGGAGAAUGAUAUCAGCAACUCCAUCAAAAAUGGCAUCCUGUACCUGGAAGACCCCAUUAAUCAUGAGUGGUAUCCUCAUUUCUUUGUCCUGACCAGCACUAAGAUCUACUACUCGGAAGAGACCUCCAGUAACCAGGGUAACGAUGAUGAGGAGGAGCACAGAGAGGUUUCCAAUGGUAUGGACCAGCACGUGACAGAGAAGUGGUUCCACGGGAAGCUGGGCGCGGGGCGGGACGGGCGGCAGAUAGCCGAGAGGUUACUGUCGGAGUACUGCCUGGAGACCGGCGCUCCUGAUGGCUCCUUCCUGGUCCGAGAGAGCGAGACCUUUGUGGGAGACUACACACUGUCUUUCUGGCGUUCAGGGCGGGUGCAGCACUGUCGUAUCCACUCUCGUCAGGAGGCAGGCAGCCCCAAGUUCUACCUGACUGACAACCUGGUGUUCGACACGCUCUUUGCCCUGAUCAACCACUACCAGCAGGUGGCACUGCGCUGCAACGAGUUUGAGAUGAAGCUGACUGAGCCGGUGCCUCAGACCAAUGCUCACGAGAGCAAAGAAUGGUACCAUGCCAACCUCUCCAGGAGCCAAGCAGAAAACAUGCUGAUGAGGGUACCUCGUGACGGGGCUUUUCUUGUAAGGAAGAGGGCAGAACCCAACUCGUUUGCCAUUUCCUUCAGGGCCGAGGGAAAGAUAAAGCACUGCCGCGUGCAACAGGAAGGUCAGACUGUGGUGCUGGGCACCUCCGAGUUUGACAGCCUAGUAGAUCUCAUCAGCUACUAUGAGAAGCACCCUCUGUACCGCAAAAUGAAACUCCGCUAUCCUAUCAAUGAGGACACACUGGAGAAGAUAGGCACUGCUGAGCCAGACUACGGGUCACUGUACGAGGGCAGGAAUCCAGGCUUUUACGUGGAGGCCAAUCAAAUGCCAACAUUUAAGUGCACGGUGAAAGCCAUGUACGAGUAUAAAGCCCAGAGAGACGAUGAGCUUUCCUUCAUUAAGAACGCUGUUAUCUCUAAUGUGGACAAACAGGAAGGAGGAUGGUGGAAGGGUGACUGUGGAGGGAAGAAGCAGCUGUGGUUUCCUGCCAAUUACGUGGAGGAGAUAAGUCCAUCAGCGGCGGAACCUGAUAGAACUCAGGAGAUGACAGAAAACAGCCCCCUGGGAGACCUGCUGAGAGGAAGUGUGGAUGUGUCUUCCUGUCAGAUUGUUGUGCGUACUGAUGGGAAGGGCAGCAGGCCUCAUGUCUUCUCCCUGGUGCCGAGCACCUCCAUGCGGACAGGCCCGUUUCUGGACAUAGCCGCCAGCAGCCAAGAAGAACUCAAGGAAUGGGUGCUCAAGAUCCGCGAGGUCACCAUGACCUCAGAGGCCAAGCUAGAGGAAGGGAAGAUGAUGGAGAGAAGGAAGAAGAUUGCACUGGAACUGUCCGACCUGGUCAUCUACUGUAGGCCUGUGCCGUUUGAUGAAGACAAGAUUGGCACAGAGCGGGCCUGUUUCCGGGACAUGUCAUCCUUCCCUGAGACCAAGGCAGAGAAGUACGUCAACAAGGUCAAAGGGAAGAAGUUCCUGCAGUACAAUCGACUGCAGCUGUCCAGGAUCUACCCCAGAGGCCAGAGACUAGACUCCUCGAACUACGACCCUCUGCCCAUGUGGCUCUGUGGGUCCCAGCUGGUCGCACUAAACUUCCAGACAGCAGACAAGCCCAUGCAGAUGAACCAGGCUCUGUUCAUGCUGAACGGAAGGAGCGGCUACGUCCUUCAGCCGCCCAUCAUGAGGGAUGACCACUUUGAUCCCUUCGACAGACUUACGCUACGAGGCCUCGAUCAAGUCACUGUAGAGAUAGAGGUUUUGGGCGCGCGGCACCUGCCCAAGCACGGACGCGGCAUAGUUUGUCCUUUGAUCGAGAUCGAGGUGUGUGGGGCAGACUACGACAGUGCCAAGCAAAAAACUGACUCCGAAGCUGAUAACGGUCUGAACCCCACGUGGCCCCGAAAGCCAUUCCAGUUCGUAGUAUGCAACUCUGCCUUUGCCUUCUUGCGCUUUGUGGUUUAUGAGAUUGACAUGUUCAAUGACCAAAACUUCCUGGCGCAGGCCACAUUCCCCAUUCACAGCAUCAAGAAAGGUUACCGGUCCGUACCUCUGAAGAACAGCUACAAUGAGGAUCUGGAGUUGGCUUCUCUGUUAGUCCACAUAGACCUCAUCCGUGGCAGGGAUGAAAACGGAGAGGUUCUGAGCCCUUUCCUUGCAGUCGGGGCCACGUCAGUGUCAACGUCUGCCCAAGCUGGGCGGGACCGUUUGGGGGAUUCCGUGUCUUCGACUUCCUCCAACAUGUCUCCUGUGCCCCAGUCGCCGGCCCAGGCCACGGCCUACAGGGGGAGAGAGGGCUCCUUUGAAUCCCGCUACCAGUCCCCUCUAGAAGACUUCAGGGUGUCCCAGGAGGCACUGUUGGACCACAUGGACCCACAGAACAGACAAACAAGUCUCUCACCACUCGCCUGAUGAGAAGGAGGGACUCGGACACAAGAGAAGAGGGAGGGCCGCUGAGAGGAAGCUGACCGCUGCGGACAGGAAGGAGAAACGGACAUUCACAGGAGAACAAAAACAAGGCUGAAAAAGUUCCCGCUCUGGACUGGUUGUUUGCGGGGCGGGUUGUCCUCUCUUGUGUUUUUAGGUGUGCACAACAUCUGCUUAGUUUGGCGGCUAAGAGAAGGGAAAGCGAGAGUUGUAAAAGGUAUCAGUUUGAAACUGUUUCCCAGUUGAGUUUCUUUGCUUUUCUCUAUUAGGCGUAUAUGAAUAAUAUGUAUUUAUUCCUGCUGUGCUGUUGGCCGGAGAACAGCAGCAGCUGACCUGCUCUCAAAGAGCUCCCGUCUCCAUGUUUUUAAUUAUUGUAAUUAUUUAAACCUUUAAACAUUCAUGAUGUGAUUUUUUUUUUUUUUUUUUUUUUAAAUGUAUAUGUGUUAAACAUGAGGGCUCUCUACGGCUAUUUUAAUAUAUCUCUGCUUUGUGGAGGAAAUUAUGUGCAUCCAGUCAAACUCUAACCCUAAUUUUUUUUUAGCCAUAGCUUGUUUGUGUUGGAAACAGUGAGAGAACAGCCAGCAUCAUGUCAUGUCUGCAUACACAAACACACACAAGCUUUUUAUUUAUUUCUAACAUACAUUCCAAAUAACUGCACAUCAUUCCAUUUUCCUGCGUUGCAGGUGCCUUUACAAGCCAGUCUGACACAUUCAAACUUUUGUCUCCCUUGACAGUCUUACUUCACAUUGAUUAUGUCUGUAGGGUCUCUAACUGUAAUAAAGCAGGACCAGGGAUACAUGUUGACCCAGAAGAGGUUGUAGUCUUGAGUGUGAAUGACACUUCUGUUUAUAAUUUUGUUCUCCUUCUGAUUUUUGCCUGUUAGUGGGCCAUUUGAAUGGCAGCACAGUUAUCUUGUCAAUCAAGGGAGAGUUCAUAGAGCUGCAAGGUUACGGCUCAAAUGACAAUACUGAUAACUGCUGGAUAAUUUAAUAAAUUUUCAGAAUAACAGUGGUUUGAGGAACAUAAUUAUGUACUCACAUAUGAAAACUUUUUCAUUUACAGAGAACAUUCAAAAUAUUUCACAUUUGUCAACGUACCAAACGAAAUGUGGAAAUUAAGAUUGUAAUACAAUUACGCAAUAACUUUGCAGCCUUGUGUUUUUGUGAUGGGAUAUUUUGAAAAUGUAGUUAAUUUUACUGACAUUUCAUGUCUUAAUAGAAAAUAAGGCCCUUUUGUUCUGUGUUUUUAAUUAGUUGAGCAUUACUUUUCCCGACAACUGACAGCCCUAUGACUACAGUGAAUAUAACAACGGUCACUGGUUCCUGUGAGCAAGUUUAAGUUCUAACAGCUGUGUUUUAGUAGUGGUUUUGAUGUCUGAAGCAAAGGUGUUUUACUGCAACAAGCUGUUUUUGAUUUUAUUUGUUGGCAUUUGUACAACAGGAGUUCCCCGUGUUUUCAAAGGGAAUUCAGUAUUGUUGCCAAGUGAGAAGGUUUGCAUUGCCGGUGUAAGGCAUCAAGAAAACAUGGCGUAUACUACUUGCUGGUACAUUUUGCUGCAGCACAAUAAUAUAAGGCAUCUUUGUUUUUGUGCUGCCGUGGUGUUCUGGGCGAGUGUUGUCACAGCACCAAGCUGCUUCUCAGAAACGUGUGAAGAUUUUAAGUUACACUGCCAUGAUAAACCGUUAAAUUGCCACUGCCGUGAAUGUAUUUGUGAUGAAAUGUGCAAAAUUGCAGACUUGGCGUAAACAACUAGGUCAAAGUGAAUGUCAAAUGCUACACAAUUCAUCAUUCCCAAUUUUAGAUUCUUAUUCUGGCUUCUAUUCAUAAGUGUUUGUCUAACUUGGUAAUUAAGAGUCCUCUUGAGUUAAAUGUUGGUGCGCUUAAAAGUGCAGGGGCUUCUCAUUUCCUGCGUUUGUGGUAUGAGCGUGUUAGGCAGGCCAAGUCUAAGUUUCAGACUUAGUUGUUGCUGUGGUUCGGAGGCUGGUGGAUGACAAAGAUGCCGGGGGGGUCGAGGUAGAGGCCUGUGUUCUGGUCCUUCAGUGAGCCCAGACGGAGCUUGUAUCUAACCGAUGCUGUUAAUCUUUCCAGGUUCAUAUCAGAAACAGUGUUUUCUCUGCUUGUAUGUGAUGACUAUAUGAUGUAAACUCAGUAUUCUCACUCAGUGUUUGACCACUGAGACACACCUAAGCCAUAUGGUAUAUUUUAAGUUAAGGUAAAAGCAGGGACAGGAGUUAAUACUUGAGGUCUCAACAAAAGUUUUUUUAGCAUCUUGGACCCCAAUAUUAAUCCCGCAGCUCCCCGAUAUUACACUUAUUUUUGUUUUUCCUCCCGUGGUCGAUAAAUGGUCUUUGUGGAGAGCUCUCCCUCCAAUGCUGCAUUGCUCUUAUUGCUGACCUGUCUGCUAAUGUCUGUGUGCCUCUGUCUGUGUACACAUCAAACUAAAGCCACAUCAUUCACCUCCUCUGCUGGGCUUUAAGCACAUGCACAGCCACAGUACACCCACACAGGUGCUGUCACUGAUUUUGACUGAUAGGAACUCCGCAGCACUGUGUGAGCAUGUAUAGACCUCUACUGUUCAGUUUGUUGUACCAGUUAUGGCGGGACAACGUAAACUCUCACCAACCUGUAAAGAGGUCUAACCAGAAUAAUUAAGUGUCUAUGUGAUGGCCCAUUAGUUUCUUUUGCUUUGUUUUUUUUCUCCAAUCUUGUCUGUUUUGUUACCGACAGUCUCAUUUAUAACGCCUUUCUGUAAUGUGCCUAAACUAUGGAGAGGAAAAGUAUUCAUUUUAAUUUUGCCUUUCAUAUGAAACAUAUUCAAGCCUGAAAAGUAAAUAAAAUACUUACUACUUUAUA